UUGAAUUCAGUGGAAGCUGUUUCUGCGCUAAUCCCCACCCGAUGCAGCCACCAGAAGCACUUCCUCGCACCCGAUCCCCUGACAGGAAUACAGAGAAAGAGGAACCUGAGCCAAAUGAAAAUGGAUCAUUUUGACGACUUGCCCAUGAUAAAUAGCGCUACUUUAAAACGGGACGCACAUGUGCCAUCUGAGGUCUGAAUAAAAUGGGAACACGGCAUUUGAUGUUUAAUUCAUUCCCACUAGAAAAAUGAAGAUUCUGCUCACUUUAUUCCUGCUUCUGUGCUCCGACUUGGUGGAUUUAGUGAUGGGAUAUUUGACAGUCAGUAUCGAGCCUCUCCCGCCUGUGGUCAUGGGAGAUACGGUGACUUUGAAGUGCAAUUUCAGGACUGACGGCAACCUGAGAGAAAUCGUGUGGUUUCGGGUUACAGAGGGUGGUAGCUCUAAGCAGAAAAUCUUUACUUAUGACGCCAUGUACAACACCAAUUUCUCCCACAUGGAGGAUUUUCGCAGAAGAGAAGAUCUUGUUUACCAGUCAACUGUAAGGUUACCCGAAGUACAGAUGGAAGACAACGGGCCGUACGAAUGCCACGUGGGAAUCUACGACAGGGCAUCCAGAGAGAAGGUGGUCUUAGCAUCUGGAAGCAUAACACUUGCUGUUAUGUCACCUCCGAAAUCCAUCUCUGUAAUUGCAGCUGACCAACCGGCACGGUUCAAUCGCUAUGAGGCUCAAAACUUCACACUCAUAUGCAUUGUGACUGGAGGAAAACCUGCUCCUGUGGUGCAUUUCAAGAGAGAUGGCGAGCUGAUCGAGGUACUUCCCUCAGCCCAGCCAUCAGAGGCAGCUCAGAACAGAGGCUUGCACUCAUCCAAACGCAGCAGGCCAUUGAUUAGCCGAGAGCUCGAUGACACCAAGCGUCAGAAAUCCCUCUCUCACCUGGAGCCGGACAUUGAGCCAAUGAAGUUGGACCGGGCUCGUCCUCGCCACAGCCUCACUCCAGGAGCACUGGGUCAGGAGAGUGCCAGUCCCACUACUGAGAUCAUCCCAGAGACGGUGGUGAGCAGGGAGUUUCCACGCUGGGUUCUCAGCUCCAGCCCACUCUACUACUUCAACUAUACGCAGAUUGAGCUCAUGGACAGCACCAUGCAGGUACAGGCCAUGCUCACCUGGCACCUGAACCCACAGCUCGACAAUGAUGCACUAUUUAGCUGUGAGGUCAAGCACCCAGCUCUCUCCAUGCCCAUGCAGGCUGAAGUCACACUCUCUGCUCCAAAGGGACCAAAACUCUCCAUGACUCCAAGCAGAGUAAAAGUGGGAGACACUGUGCGCAUCACCGUGGAGGGAUUCCAAGUCGGAACAAAGGGGAAUGAGGUAUUUCCAGAGCCCCUGUUCACAUGGACGCGUGUCGGUGGGCUACUGCUGGAUGGCAGUGCUGAGAGAGAAGGCAAGGUUCUGGUUCUGGAGAGAGUACCUGCUGAGCUCAACGGCUCCAUGUACCGCUGCACUGCUGAGAAUCCGCUUGGUUCCACCAACACACAUAUGCGCCUCAUUGUGUUUGAAAAUCCAAGAAUAAAGAAGGAGACACAACACUUAAAUGUUGCUGACUCGAGUGGACUUGUAUGUGGACCCUCACUCACCAUACUGCUGCUGUCACUUAUCCUGGAGUUUACAUGAACAAACAUAGAUGAUCUUUCCUCUCCCUGACAUCUUCAGUUCACCUGAAAAGACUGAAUACAGACUAACUGAGCCACAGGUCUGCUCCUGAAUGAAAAACUGUGCAUGUGAGCUACAAUAUAUGACAGUGCAAAACACCACAUACCUGCCAUCUAGACCAUUAUCAAAUGGGCUUGACAUCAGCGUUACCUGCAAGAUCGGACCUGUAGAUGGCAGUAGAGACUUCUAGACACACAAAUGACAAGUUUGGUUGGUACUGUUAUGUCUUAGAAAAGUUGACUGUACUGUUAUUAAAAUGUGGGUUUUGCUGCUGUAUUAAUGGUUACAAGGGUGUGAAUAAGGGAGACACCGUGUUGAAGGGGUUUCAUAGAAAACCCUUACAGAUUUCCCAAUAUAUAAAAAAGCAGUUAUAGAUCUAACCUUUCAAGUGUGUUGUAAAAACCACCCAUCUACUGUCACAUGCACUUCGUUUCUUUCUAUCCUUGUAAAAAGAAAACAUUUUAUGGAAAUGGACUCUCUGGUAUACAUCAGGAGUUCUGAAACGUUCUACAGCCAGGGAUCCUUUUAACUGCAUUAUACAGCUCCUUGGAUCUAAUAAUGAAUUCCACAGACCAUUUCGGCACAGAUUCAUUUCAGGAACAAAAUCCAACUAUUCAAAUCUUAGGCAAAUUAAAGCUGAUAGGACUUUUUUUUUAUUCCUUUCCAUCAACAGAACAAUUAAGCUAAGGUUCACAUGAUUUGUUAGCUAUAGGCAACUUGUUUUUCAGUUACUGAGGUCUGGAUUAAUUUUACCUGGCCAUUCAAAGCAGCUAAUAAUUAUAAGAACUCGGUAAUAAAUAUAACUUUGAUAAGAGUGCGUUCUCAUUUCCUGUAUAACAGAAUGAAAAAUAAAUCACAGCCUGUGCUUUACAGACCCCACAGUUUUACAUUAUUGAAGAUGUUUAUGGAACCUGAUGAGCCCUGGGUGGCACUGUGGUGUAGUGGAUGCUGCCAUGUAGCUCCAGGGUCCCGAGUUUAGUCCUGAGCUCGACUUACUGUCCAUGUGGAGUUUUUGUGCAUGUUCUUCAUGUGUCCUAAUGGGUGCUCUUCCCAAAAACAUGCCAGAACAGCUAUGCUAAAUUGCUCCAAGUGUAAAUAUGUGUGUGUGUGUGUGUGUGGUGUCCUGUGACAAACUGGUGUGUGAUCCAGGGUGUGUCCCAGUAUUCCCAGUAUAGCCUCCAGAUCCACAGUGACCCGGACCAGGAUAAAGCAGUUACUGUUGAUAAAUGGAUGAAUAAAUGAAGAGCACCUUAGGGUGCUGGGUGGAACCAUUUCUCACCACUGCACAAAAAGCAUCUAGCACAAAAGCACAUAAAAGAUGACAUUCUAAUAGAAAACAGAAUCUCUGCAUCUCUGAGGCAACGUAUAUGUAGAACUCUACAGCAGAAAAAAAGAGUUCCCUACAAAAAUUCUCCCAGGAAGCCCAAAUUACUGCUGAAGAAC